CAGACUGCGCUCGAAUCACAGAUGGCGACGAAUAAAGAGGUCUACCACGAAGGCUGGCUCAUCAAGUCGCCACCGACGAAGCGAAUCUGGCGCGCGCGCUGGCGAAGACGGUGGUUCACGCUGAAGCAGAGCGAUGUACCGGGCCAGUUCUUCCUCGAGUACUACACCGAUCGGAAAUGUCGUAAGCUGAAGGGAACGAUCGAUCUCGAUCAGUGCGAACAGGUGGACGCUGGGCUGCGUCUGGAUCGGCAGAAGGAAAAGUACGCCCACAUGUUCGACGUGAAGACACCGACGCGCACCUACUACCUGGCGGCGGACACCGAGGACGACAUGCGGGGCUGGGUGAACUGCAUCUGCCAGGUUUGCAACCUGCAGGAAACGCAAACCGUCGACGAUCGGCCCUACUACAACAUUGGGGCGAUCAACAUGAUGAACGAUGCGGUCAAUAUGGCAGUCGAAACGAGGCCUCCGGCGAAGGCGAACGGCGGUGGCCCUUCCACGACCGAAACGGACAUUUCCAAUGAAACGGAAACGACAAUGUUGAACCAUUCGGUGCCGGGUGCAGCUGGAGAGACUGCGCCCGAUCAACAGCAGCAGGUACCGUUGCAAGGGCGGGUCUUCAACAACAACCCGUACGGCACGUAUCAAAACGAAGAGAUGAUGGGCAUGCGUUCGGCGGGAGAUUACACUAACCGCGAAACGAUCAUUUGCGAGGCGAAACUGAAUUUAUCGCACCAGCAGCCAUCGAACAUUAUUGCACCGCCGGAAGCGUACUCGAAUCUGGACGUGAUCGAACGAUCGCAAUCGCUUCGUGGCAAACCCGGCACUUCAUCGUCGUCCAAUGGGAACGGGGGUGCCACCACCGCCACCGGAAGUCCCCUCGUGAACCAUAUGCGGACACAGUCGCUCAACAUCGAGCAGCGUGGAACGAAGAAGAUCCCCGAGAAUCUGAAGCUGACCGAUCGGUCGCCCUCGAGUGCGUUCGACAGUGGACCGGAGCAACCGUCACCGGCUCUCAGCACCUCGUCCGGGCCGUACAUCCCGAUCAGCGAGUGUUACUCGGGCAGUCCAGUCACUCCGCUCAACUCGCUCGAUCCGCGCUUCUACGAAACGCCCCGCAGUCACACGAACGUGGGCUUCAAUCUCGUAAGCAACGAGCAACCGUACUCGCCGAAGCGAAGUAACGUCGGUGGUGGCCAAGCCGGCCCGGGAUCUUCGUCGCUCGUGAUGACAGUGGGAGGCCAACCGAAAGUGACCAUUCCGGGAAGCGGCAAAUCGAGCCCUUCCGACUCGGAAAGUGUGUUCACCGACGAUGAAUGGACUGCGCCGGCGGGAAGUAGCAACGGAGUCGGGGCUGGGGCUGGCACCGGUGGUAGUGGCGUCACUACGCGUGGCGCAGGAAAUGGUGGAACGAUCGAUCGGAACGCACGGCCAUCGGAUAGCUCGAUCGAGAACGAUGCCGUCGGGUGGACGUACGUGCAGCGGUUUUCCAAAGUUCCGAACACAUCGGAAGAUAAGCCACAGCAGCACAAUACGAAGGUGGCCGCCACUUCCGACAAUGGAAUCGCUGGGGCCCCACCGAGACCUCCGAAGCGGGCAAGCAUGAACUUGGAAGGCAUCGAGAAAACUAAGGAAUUGAUAGCUUCCGACACGGAGAAUGUUUCGCCGGCCAUCAUUGGCCCAAAGGACGCCAGCUCGUGUAUCGACGAGUUUUACGAUAUUCCCCGGUCCCAUCAGCACCCGUACACCGGAAGCAGCAUGCACCUGCCGGAUGGGGAUCUUCUGUCGCCACUCAGCCACUGCGAUCUGGUCGCUUCGAGCACUCCCAAUCUGAUCGGCGAGUUUACUACCGGUGGUGGCGGAACGUUGGGUCGUGGUGGCCCGCGACCCCAUUGCUACACGAAUGCGGCUCCGACCAAGGUGGAGGGCAACGUUUUCCGUUUCGAUUUCAGCGAGCAGCCCGAUGCUCCGAUCAUUAACCGACGACUGAAACCUCGUUCGUCGAUCGAUAUUACAAAGUCGAUCGAGUCGAUCACGCAGAGUGUCAAGCAAUUGGGGCCGCCCACUGUUCCUGCAGCUCCACCAGCAACACCAGUCGCCGUAGUCGGUCAACAGCAAUCGGUCAAAAGUCCACCGACAAUCGAUCGUACGCGCAAACCAGCCACGCCAAAGAUUGGAACGAACUCGAUGCGCCGCAAGGGAGGACCGGUUUCCCUUAACUUGGCGUCGAAUCAGCCCUCGGAGAAUACGUACGGUAAUACGCAAGAGACAAACAGCGCACUGCUGGUCAACGUUUCACCCCGAGGACCAGGAAAGAAUGAAGAUCGUUUGCAGUAUCUCGAUCUGGAUCAUUCGAGCAGUCCCCAAAAAUCGUCGACGGCCACCAAUUCCGGACCGUACUCGUUGUCCGGCCUGAGUGUUCUGGCCAAUCAGCAACAUCAUCACGGUAGCGCCACUGGGUCGACGGUAGGAAAAUCGGAACCUGGUGCCGGUGGAAGUGGCAACGUUCCCAUCGUUGCCGCCGGUUCUGGCUCCGGUCGUACCGUGGACGUUCCGGCAUCGAAACCGGCACCCAUCACGAACCGCACACCGUACACGACGGUGGACUUUGUCAAAACGGAUGCUUUCAAUCGAAUCCGAGCCGAUUCGGAACUAACACGCUCACAGCCGCGCCAGAAAGAUCAGGCGUCGUAAGCCGACAAUCACUUUCAGGCUCACUAAAACUGUUGUUCCAAAGAGACGAAGACAAAAGGGAUUGAACUGAACACGAACGCGCUGGAGAGGUGCAGCGUGAUGUAGUGUAGUGCAAUUAAUGCAAUCUGCCUUAUCAGCUCGUUCUGACUGCGAACGCUUUUUAGCCUUGACGGAACAUAUGGCAGCGACGAAAUGCGACCUUUUAAAACCAAACUUAGUUUUCGCUCCUACUGAAACCAUUUGUCCCCCCUCUUCUCGAGUGCCUUUUUUGGCUGUUUUAGGGGCCGAACGAACGGCGAAGAGGAAACGAUUUUUAAACCUCGAACGGAUGAGCAGGACACGAACAUGUCAUGUCAUGACAAAAACGAAAGUAUUUCUAUGCAUUUGAUCGAAACCGAAAGCUUCCAAAGCCUGCAUCGUGCAGCGAGAAACCCGAGCAGAGCGCCUUUUUAUGCUUCGCAUAUACACAAAGUCCGAAAUUUCCAAUUUGUUAGCGAUACUAUUGUAGGCUUAUAACUUUGCGUAACGAAACAAGCACCGAGACUUGUUGUAGGACCGUAAGACUAGACUAGACACCAUUAUUUUACCCUUCAUGAACGGUAUUCAUAGCACGUGUUGCAGAGCGUAUCUCCAAAGCUACUGGCCACGCGGAGGCCGCUGUUAGUGCGGCCUUUAUGGCUUCAGCAGCAGCAUUUCUGUGUUUGUUUUACAACAAAGAACACACGUCAAUGAUAGAGUCUCCACUUUACUAGUUUCGUUUCCGAUUAAGGUUGGUUAUUUUUAUGAUACUCGAAUUUUACACUUUUUAAUGUAUUGAACUUGACACAACAAAAAAAAGAGAAAUGAAAGAGCUU